AUGGAUAAAGAUAAGCUGAUUGUGCCCAACCAAAUUGGUUACUUGAUACUCAAGGAUGAUGGAGCCGUGCUGGAAUCUGGCGGCGAUCUUAAGAACGAUGAACGCAGCGCGAAUGUAAUAAUGGGACUGCUGAAUUUAACCGAAAGCAUCGAUGAGAACUUUAUGCCCAACAGCAGCUGUGAGCGCAUCACAAUUGAUUACGAACAUCAUAGCUACAGCAUUUGUAUGUCGAAUCGACGCAUUUACAUUGUGAAAUCGAGUAAAUCGCCCCACAAUGGAGCAACAACCAGUUCAUCAUCGUCGACCAGCGUUUAUAACGAUGCCACCGAAGGCAACAGCAACGCAACAAAUCCCGCCAGCACGAGCAGCAGCACAGUGUUGGCUUGA